AUGGCGGUCAGUCGUGCAGCAGUUUUUUCCAAGUUUGCAACUAGCAAAUAUCCCUUACUGUCAGGUCACACCAGCCAAAGCUUAUCAGUGUCUUCAACAUUGGCAGCUCGAACACACGUCAGCUACGAGCUCAAGGAUGAUGUGGCAGUUAUACGACUCAGUGAUCCAAAAGCCAAGGUGAACACUCUGUCGUCGCAGCUCAGUGGCGAGCUGAUGCAGGUGAUGGGGGAAAUCUGGUCGAACAGUGCUGUGAAAAGUGCCGUCUUCAUCUCCAGCAAGCCUGGCUGCUUCAUCGCUGGAGCUGAUAUCAAUAUGAUCCGAUCCUGUAAGAGCAGUAAGGAGGUCACCCGUAUCUCUCAGGAAGGUCAGAAGACCAUUCCUUUUGUUGCUGCCAUCAAUGGCUCCUGCCUGGAUGGAGGCCUGGAGGUUGCGAUAGCCUGCCAUUACCGAAUCGCAACAAAAAGCAAAAGAACGGUCCUGGGGACACCUGAGGUCAAACUGGGACUGCUGCCUGGAGCUGGCGGCACUCAGAGACUGCCUAAAAUUGUGGGUCUCCCUGAAGCAUUGGACAUGAUGCUGACAGGCAGGAACAUCAGGGCAGACAAAGCCAAGAAGAUGGGUCUAGUGCACCAGCUUGUGGACCCCGUGGGUCCUGGUAUUGAGCCUACAGAGGAGAGGGCUAUUCGAUACCUCGAGGAAGUUGCAGUGGACGUAGCCAAGGGAAUCGCCAAGAAGAAAGUUCCCCUCACAAAGGAGAAGAGUCUCAUGCAGAAGAUGCAGGACACAGUGAUGGACCUGGGUCCAGUGAGGAAGAAGAUCUUUAAGACUGUUGAUAAGAAGGUACAGAAAGAGACUAGAGGUCUCUACCCUGCUCCUGGAAAAAUCAUUGAGUGUGUGAAGACUGGAGUGGAGCAGGGCAGAGAGGCAGGUUAUCUGACUGAAGCUCAGAGCUUUGGGAAGCUGGCAGCGACCUCAGAGUCCAAAGCUCUGAUUGGCCUUUACCAUGGUCAGGAUGCAUUUGAGACGCCAGAGAAGGAAGUAAAGAAUCUGGCGAUCCUCAGUGCAGGGAUAAUGGGUGCUGAUAUAGCCCAGCUGUCAAUAGAUAAAGGCCUGACCACCAUCCUAAAGGACACCACAGAGAAGAACAUCAGCAGGGGAUAUGACCAUAUCUACAGAUGUCUCAAUUCAAAGGUGAAGAAAAGAGCCAUGACGUCAUUUGAGCGUGACGCCAAGAUGUCCAAUCUCUCAGUUACGCUUGACUACACUGGUUUCCAGACUGCUGACAUGGUGAUAGAGGCCGUGUUUGAGGACAUCAACUUAAAACAAAAAAUCCUGAAGGAGCUGGAAGCAGUUACCCCUCCUCACUGCAUUCUGGCCUCCAACACCUCGACUCUGCCCAUCAAGGACAUCGCUGCUAACAGCAAACGCCCUGAAAAGGUGAUCGGCAUGCACUAUUUCUCUCCACUGGAAAAGAUGCCGUUAAUGGAGACCAUUGCCUCAGAUAAGACAUCUGAAGACACCCUGGCCUCUGCUGUCACUUUAGGCCUUAAACAGGGCAAGAUUCCCUUCAUUGUUAAGGAUAGCCCAGGCUUUUACGUCAAUCGCUCAUUCUACUUCAUGACGGCUGCGGCUGUGUUACUUUUGAUGGAAGGUGUGGGCAUAGAGAAAUUGGACUCCUUUUCAACUAGCUUUGGUUUUCCUGUGGGCGUGGCAUUGCUGGCAGAUGAAAUUGGAGUUGAUCUCGUAACAGCAGUUGUAAAGUCCAUAGACAAUGCUUGUGGCUCUGAAGGAGGAGCUCCUGCCGUGAUGAUUUUAAAGGCCCUUGUGGAGAGAGGCUACAAAGGUCGUAAAUCAGGAAAAGGCUUCUAUAUCCAUGACAAGAAAAAGAAAGACAAGAGAGUGAAUCCUGAAGCUGAAGAAAUCCUUCAGAAAUACAAAGUGGCAGCUCCUCCAGGAGUUAAUUCAGAUGCUGACGGCCAGAACCGGUUGGUGUUUCGCUUGGUAAAUGAGCAAGUUCUGUGUCUUCAGGAGGGAAUACUGAGAAACCCAAUAGAGGGGGACAUUGGAGCUGUGUUUGGUGGCAGCUUCCCUGCCUGCCGCGGUGGUCCCUUCAGGUUUGUAGACACAUUUGGUGCAGAGCGUCUUGUGAGCCACCUGAGGCGUUUGGAGGAUGUGUACGGAAGCCGAUUCACACCCUGCCAGCUUCUACUGGACCACGCCAAAGAACCCAGCAAGAAGUUUUACAAAUGAUCCAAUUUUCAAACUCAUAAAACUUUUUUUUUUUUUUUUCACUUUAUGAAGCACAACAUUAACUUGGUGACAGUGUGUC